UAGUGGUCCGCCACGCUGCUUCCUACAUCUUGAGACCUCUCGCCCGCGCGCCGCCGUCUCCCAGCCCUAGCUGCCGCCGCCGAACCUUUCCGCGGACGCCUCCUCCUCGCCGACGAGAUGACGAAGCGCACCAAGAAGGCUGGAAUUGUUGGCAAAUAUGGUACCAGGUAUGGUGCCAGUUUGCGUAAGCAGAUCAAGAAGAUGGAGGUCUCCCAGCAUUCUAAGUACUUCUGUGAGUUCUGUGGCAAGUUUGCUGUGAAGCGGAAAGCAGUUGGAAUAUGGGGAUGCAAGGACUGUGGGAAGGUUAAGGCUGGUGGAGCCUAUACCAUGAACACUGCUAGUGCAGUCACUGUCAGAAGCACGAUCCGUCGCCUGAGGGAGCAGACUGAAGCUUGAUUGCGGUCAAUUUGAAAAAGCAGUAGUGUCGCCUGAGGGAGUAGGCUGAAGCUUGAUUGUGGUCAAUUUGAAAAAAGCAGUAGUUGAAUUUUGUAGUCCAGUCAAGACUCGUGAAAUGCUAUUUACCUAAAUGGAGAACCUGUUAUGAUGUUUAUCGAUUUGUUGGUUCCUGAAAGUAUGUGGCUACAUCAUUUA